GAGAUGCAGGAGGAGUUUGUGGGCGACUUCCAGGUCGGGGAACGAGUCUGGGUGAACGGGAACAAGCCUGGAUUCAUCCAGUUCCUCGGGGAGACCCAGUUUGCCCCUGGUCAGUGGGCCGGGAUCGUCUUGGACGAGCCCAUCGGCAAGAACGACGGCUCGGUGGCGGGUGUGCGCUACUUCCAGUGCGAGCCGCUGAAGGGCAUCUUCACCCGGCCGUCCAAGCUGAGUAGGAGCUUGCAGGCCGACGAUGAGACCAACUGCCGGCAGCCAGCGCCUGCCGCCUGGGCCACACCACCCCUGUCGGCCUCCCCGGCCCUUGCCGGCACCGCGAAGGUGCCCCAGUCCCCCGCGAAGGAGUCACCGGCCACCCCUCACAUCAGCAGCCUGACCAGGACGGCCAGCGAGUCCAUCUCCAACAUCUCUGAGGCCAGCUCCCUCAAGAAAGGGGAGCGGGAGCUGAAGCUCGGGGACCAGGUGCUGGUGGGAGACAUGGAGGCCGGUGUGGUGCACUUCCUCGGGGAGACGGACUUCGCCAAGGGGGAUUGGUGCGGCGUAGAGAUGGACAAGCCACUGGGCAAGAACGAUGGUGCCGUGGCCGGAACGAGGUACUUCCAGUGUCAGCCCAAGUAUGGCUUGUUUGCUCCCAUUCACAAAGUCACCAAGAUCGGCUUCCCUUCCACAACGCCGGCCAAGGGCAAGGUGGCCGCCGUGAGGCGUGUGAUGGCCACCACCCCCGCCAGCCUGAAGCGCAGCCCUUCGGCCUCCUCGUUCAGCUCCGUCAGCUCCGGGGCCUCAUUCGAGAGCAGCAGAUCCGGCCGCACGGGACUAGUAAGCAAAACCUCCUCCCGCUACGCCCACAAGAUCUCUGGCACCACCGCCCUCCAGUAGGCGCUGAAGGAGAAGCAGCAGCACAUUGAGAAGCUGCUGGCCGAGCAGGACCUAGAGCGGGCGGAGGUGGCCAAGGCCACGAGCCACAUGGGGGAGAUAGAGCAGGAGCUGGAAGCGACCGACUGGGAGAAGGUGGAGCUGCUGAACCAGCUGGAGGAGGAGAAGAGGAAAGUGGAAGACCUCCAGUUCCGAGUCGAGGAGGAAUCCAUCACCAAAGGCGACCUGGAGAACGAGGUGAAGUCCCUGCAGGUGGCCUCUGAGAAGCUCGCCAAGGAGAACGAGUGCCUGAGGACCAAGCUGGACCAUAAGCUGGAGACGGCCAUCUCCCCGCACCAACAGGCCAUGGGCGAGCCGAAGGCAUCCGUGAGCCAGGGCGUGGGCGCCGAGGCGGCCGAGCUGGCCGAGCUCAAGAUGCAGAUCGAGAGGCUACAGUUCGAGUACCAGCAGGAGGUGGAGAGCCUGAAGGACCAGCAGGCGGCUGAGCGUGCAGCGCACGCCUCCGAGCUGCAGAUGCUCAGGUCGCGGCUGUUCAGGACGGCCCAGGAGCAGAAGAACAGCCUGGAGGCCGCACGGGCCAAGCUCGAGCAGAUCGAGGACCAGCACCUGGUGGAGAUGGAGGACGCCCUGAACAAGCUGCAGGAGGCGGAGACGAAGGUAAAGCACCUGGACGAGGAGAAGGUGGACGAGUGCUGCCUGGACAGCGACCAGACAGGCCUGUACCACGCGACCAAGGGCCUGAUGAAGCUGCUGGCCUGUCAUGUAAAGCUGCCACCCGAGAAAUUCGCCCUGAAGAGGCAGGGUGACGGGCAGGACCUGCCCACAGAGUCCAAGAAGCUGCCGCUGAACUCAGCCGAGGAGCUCUAUGCUGAGAUCCAAGACCGCAACUUCAACGCCGUGGGCGCCGUGCUCUGCAAGAAGGCCAAGGUGAUCUUGGCUGCCUUUGAGGUGACUGGAGCCUGGGGCCAGGCGGCAGCUGCUGGCGGUGGCGGCAUCUCCACUAGCUCCUGCAUCUAG